UAGGAAGAGCAGCGGCUAGGCGGCGACGGCGGCUGAGGAGGUGCUGGCAGAGGCGAGGGCGACAGCUCCAGGGGGUGGCAGCGGCCCGGAGAGCAGGAUGCGGGUUCGGGUCGGGCUGACGCUGCUGCUCUGUGUGGCUCUGCUGGGCUCGACCUCGGCAUCCCCGGAUGAGGAAGGCAGCCAGGACGAAUCCUUAGAUUCCAAGACUUUGCCAUCAGAUGAGUCAGUAAAGGACCACACCACAGCAGGCAGAGUGGUUGCUGGUCAGAUAUUUCUUGAUUCAGAAGAAUCAGAAUUGGAAUCACCUAUUCAAGAAGAGGAAGAAAGCUUUAAGAGCCAAGAGGGGGAAAGUGUAACAGAAGAAAUUAGCUUUCUAGAAUCUUCGAAUCCAGAAAACAAGGACUAUGAAGAACCAAAGAAAGUACAGAAACCAGCUUUGACGGCCAUUGAAGGCACAGCACAUGGGGAGCCCUGCCACUUCCCUUUUCUUUUCCUGGAUAAGGAAUAUGAUGAAUGUACAUCAGAUGGAAGGGAAGAUGGCAGACUGUGGUGUGCUACAACCUAUGAUUACAAGGCAGAUGAAAAGUGGGGCUUUUGUGAAACUGAAGAAGAGGCAGCUAGAAGACGUCAAAUGCAGGAAGCAGAAAUGAUGUAUCAGACUGGGAUGAAAAUCCUCAAUGGAAGCAAUAAGAAAAACCAAAAAAGAGAAGCAUAUCGGUAUCUUCAAAAGGCAGCAGGCAUGAACCAUACCAAGGCCCUGGAGAGAGUGUCAUAUGCUCUCUUGUUUGGUGAUUGCCUAACACAGAAUAUCCAGGCAGCUAAAGAAAUGUUUGAGAAACUGACUGAGGAAGGAUCUCCCAAGGGGCAAACAGCUCUUGGCUUUCUCUAUGCCUCUGGACUUGGUGUUAAUUCAAGCCAGGCUAAGGCUCUUGUAUAUUACACUUUUGGAGCUCUUGGGGGCAAUCUAAUAGCCCACAUGAUUUUGGGUUACCGAUACUGGGCUGGGAUCGGAGUCCUCCAGAGUUGUGAAUCCGCAUUGACUCAUUAUCGUCUUGUUGCCAAUCAUGUUGCUAGUGAUAUCUCACUGACAGGAGGCUCAGUAGUACAGAGAAUACGGCUGCCUGAUGAGGUGGAAAAUCCAGGAAUGAACAGUGGAAUGCUAGAAGAAGAUUUGAUUCAGUAUUACCAGUUCCUAGCUGAAAAAGGUGAUGUACAGGCACAGGUUGGUCUAGGACAACUGCAUCUUCAUGGAGGGCGUGGAGUGGAACAAAACCAUCAGAGAGCAUUUGACUACUUCAAUUUAGCGGCAAAUGCUGGUAAUUCACAUGCUAUGGCCUUCUUGGGAAAGAUGUAUUCAGAGGGAAGUGAUAUUGUGCCACAGAGUAAUGAGACAGCGCUUCACUACUUUAAGAAAGCUGCGGACAUGGGGAACCCAGUUGGACAGAGUGGUCUUGGAAUGGCAUACCUCUAUGGAAGAGGAGUUCAAGUUAAUUAUGAUCUGGCAUUGAAGUAUUUCCAGAAAGCUGCUGAACAAGGCUGGGUAGAUGGGCAACUACAGCUUGGCUCUAUGUACUAUAAUGGCAUUGGAGUCAAGAGAGAUUAUAAACAGGCCUUGAAAUAUUUUAAUUUGGCUUCCCAGGGAGGCCAUAUCUUGGCUUUCUAUAACCUAGCACAGAUGCAUGCCAGUGGUACAGGCGUGACGCGAUCAUGUCACACUGCGGUGGAGUUGUUUAAGAAUGUAUGUGAACGAGGCCGUUGGUCUGAAAGGCUGAUGACUGCCUAUAACAGCUAUAAAGAUGGCGACUACAAUGCCGCGGUGAUCCAGUACCUCCUGCUGGCUGAACAAGGCUAUGAAGUGGCACAGAGCAAUGCAGCCUUCAUUCUUGAUCAGCGAGAAGCAACCAUUGUCGGUGAGAAUGAAACUUACCCCAGAGCUCUGCUACAUUGGAACAGGGCUGCCUCUCAAGGCUAUACUGUGGCUAGAAUUAAGCUUGGAGACUACCACUUCUAUGGAUUUGGCACUGAUGUGGAUUACGAGACUGCAUUUAUUCAUUAUCGUCUUGCUUCUGAGCAACAACACAGUGCACAAGCUAUGUUUAAUCUGGGAUAUAUGCAUGAGAAAGGACUAGGCAUUAAACAGGAUAUUCACCUAGCAAAACGUUUCUAUGACAUGGCUGCUGAAGCCAGCCCAGAUGCACAAGUACCCGUCUUCCUAGCACUCUGCAAAUUGGGAGUUGUCUAUUUCUUGCAGUACAUAAGGGAAACAAACAUUCGAGAUGUGUUCACCCAUCUUGACAUGGACCAGCUGCUGGGACCUGAGUGGGACCUGUACCUCAUGACCAUCAUUGCGUUGCUGUUGGGAACAGUAAUAGCUUACAGGCAGAGGCAGCACCAAGACAUGCCCAUGCCCAGGCCUCCGGGGCCACGGCCAGCUCCACCCCAGCCGGAGGGGCCACCGGAGCAGCAGGCACCACAAUAACAGCCUCCAUGUCCAGCCUUGAUCAGUGACAACCAAGGACAUUGUUUGCUGAGAACACUGGCAUUUGGUUUAGGACUUUGGAUCAGUGGCCACCUCCUGGAAGAGGCACGAGGAAGCAUUUAAUUCUUAAAGCUGCUUAGAAUCUGAUGCCUUUAUUUUCAGGGAUAAGUAACUCUUACCUAAACUGAGUUGAAUGUUCAUUUUAGUGCCAUAUGGAAUAACAACUCACAAUGGCUUUCCUUUUUUUUCUUUCUUGGAAACAUACAUGAGACACUUAGAGUACUGUCUACUGUAUCCAACGGUCUUUCUUGGGUCCUUUGGUCAUUCUCUCAAAAUGCGUAAGUUUUUAUGUCAACCAUCCUUACGGUAUUGUGCACCAACACUAAAAACUGAUAGAUGUAAAAAGAAAAACACAGUUGCAAAUUUAACCUUAACAUGUUUCAAAGUCUGAAAAUAGAACUUGCCUUUUAAGUUAAAAAAAAAAAAAAAAAGAGAGCGAAAGAUGUCUUCAAAGUGUUUUGGAACUGUGAUACCUGAGAAUCUAUUUUACCAGUCCACAUGCAAUUCUGCACAUUCAGCAUAUUUGUUAUUUUUAAAGGGCAGGUUCGAAGGUUUCUUAUUAUUCGCCAUUUGUCAUACUUUAAACCAGACUUCUCUCCUUCAGAGACUGAAAGACAUUGUUAAAGAGCCUUAUGUGGAUUCCACUUCUUUGGAAUGGAAUUACGUGUAAAACAUUGUGAACUGACUCCUUGAGCUAACAUGAAAUUGCCCCACCUACUCAAUGUAAUUUGCUUGUUUGAGUAUACAGAGCCUUGAUCUGGAAGCCAGAGGAUGGACUCAAUGGGAGAAAUUAGAAAAUAAUAUUCAAGAACUCUGGAUGGGAUACCAAGAACAUAGAUACACUUUCCCAAAGAGUUGAAGCAUUUGUUCCCAGGAUUUAUUUCACUUUGUAUUUCUUAUUGCACAAAGAACAGAUCACCCUCCCGAAUUCUUUAGAUAUGAAAUGUCAUUUCCAGGAUAUGACCCACAGUGACCUAACAUUAUAAUACCAAAACUCAGAAUCAAAGAUGGAUUGAACUCAGUGGUUGAGGAAAGCCAAAGCCUGUUAAUACUAUUCUUUACUGUUCACAUAGAUACUUAUUUCUGCCGGUUUUAUAUUACAGUAGAAGUGACCUGCUUGCUUAGGUAUCAUAUGCACCAUCCUCUCACUGUUAACAUUAGGAAAUUCAAGGCUACUGCACUUCAGAUUUGUCUGGUUAAAGAGUACGGAAAACAACAACAAAAAAGAAAACUGAGAACUUCACAUAUCACACACACAAAAGAAAAACUGAAUUUGUAUUUGUUUUUAUUAGCAGAUGGUGGUGUUCACCAGCCUGUUCUAGUCUAAGACUCCAUUAGCAGCUACCCGACUUUCUGUGCCCGCUGACCUCAAGUCUGUUAUAUUAACCUGCAGACCCUUUUCCUAUAACCCAUCAUCUGCCAGAAAACUUGAAGAGUUUAUUAUCUGUAAAGUUCUAAGGCUUUGGUUGUUGAAGUUGGGAUUGUAUUGAGAACUAGAUUUAAUUAGUUUAUAAUGAACAUGAAGGCUUUAAAUGUGAAAUUGUAUUCUUUUUUGUGUUUAGAGUAUUGUGAGGAACCUGGCAAGCAAACUUUCCUCUCAGAUAAAUUGCUUCCAUAUUUGAAGAGGUGGUCAUGAAGAGAACUAUAUGAAUAAAUUAUAUAGAUGUCUGUGAAAGGUAGGAAAUUUUACCCUCAAAAGUCUUGCUUUGAGCAGCUCUUGUAAAUACGAAGACUUGUUUGAUCUCUUACUUGUAGAGAUGUGAGUGCAGUUGGUACAAUAUGUUGGUAUCUUCCCCGCUGCCUCCUCUCCCCACCCUUCAAAAUAAGUAUAAUCCACACUUCAUUUAGAAGGAACUGUUUUAAUUUAUUUAAAAGUUUAAAAACCUGUAAGAUGACUAUCAGUGACUAUUUUUUUUCCUUUCCCAUCCAUCUAAUUUUUUCUUGAGCAACAUUUUUAUCUCUCUGCUUAUUUUCUUUCAUUAGUACUUUGAAAAAAAAACAUUUAUUAACAGUGUGCACUACCUAAGCCCAGAUGGGAAAGUGUAGUCUUGUUCUUCCGGCAAUAACAAACUUCCUGUUUAGUUUACCAUCUUCCAUAUCUUUUUCUUAACUAUUAUUCAAAAUAUCAAUUUCUUGGUUUUUUUCCCCACCUCCUGUUUUACCCUGGGGUCAUUUGUUACCAGAAAUUUGAAUGGAAUAUUUAAAAUAAACUUAGUUCCUGUGACUUCAAUUUAAAGAAUGUCUCAAAAUACUUUGCUCCCUUUUUCUUUUUGUUCAUGGGACAUUUUACCUAAGAAAAAGGAACUGAGUUUGGGGUUUUCUCCUAAAAUAAUACUCAAUACUUACCUAAUCAAAUGGCAUCCAUUUGAAUAAAAUAACAGUAACAAAAGCUAGUUAAUGUCAGUGACAUUAAACUAACUCAGGGAUUCAGGAGUUUUAAAGUUAGAAUUUAUAGUUAACAGAUAGAGUGCGAAUUCAUUUCUCCACAGUAGCCCAUAUUCUCCUAUCCUCCUGAUCCCUUUUGUAGUCUGUCUUCCUGCUUUAGAAGGCGAUGACAGUAGUUCUCUGUUUCGCUUCUGUUCUUUCAUGCGUUUGGGUUGUUGGAUAGCCAACUGUUUCAGAGUCUUGAGACUAUAUCCAUUUUGCUUCUGGUUUAUGUUACAAAGAGAGUAUUGUUUGUUUUUCUUUUUGUGCCCAAAGUUUUUGCUAUUUUUCUACAUGGGGUUUAACUUAGUUUUGGUUAAUAUUCAAUGGCACAGAAAAGGUAAAUGAAAAAGCUUUUUUUUUUUUUUCAAAAUUCAUUAUUUAGCAUUUUGAUUAGAUUAGCUUGUGAAUCAUUAAACUUCAUAUUCUUGAGGAUUUGUUACUCUCCUACAUACAAGGAUAAUUGUGAGUUUUUCUUCUAAACUGUUUUAUCUCUGUACCAUUGGGAAGUUUUAGAAACUUCUACCAAUGACCUGUUGAUCAUCCGAUGCUUUAUUUAAUUAAGGAGCUGCUGUUGCCUCCAGGAAACUUGUAAGUAUUUUGUAUAGGAUUUUUUGCUUUUUGUUUUUCCUUCCAUUCCUUGCUCCUGAGGUUUGUUCUUCAAACCAGUGUUUUGGAAAUGUGCAUGCAGGACUGUAAAUGAAAACCAUAACUCUUCUUGUGUGUUUCAUGUAUGCUAAUUUCUAAAUAUAUCUGCAGAAAAUGUCCUUUACAGAGCAAAGGUUUUGACUAACAUUUCCCAUGCACAUUUCAAAGCAAGAUGCUUCAGGUAAACAGCCCCUUUACCUACCAACAUGGCAAUGUGGACUCUGUUUGCUCCAAUGACAGCUGGUAUUGUUGUGAAAGUGAAUUUAAUGUUGCACAAUAUUAUGGCUAGAAGUAUGUAGGAAAUAAUCAGAGUAAAAGAACACAUUUUCAUGUAAAUGUUUUCUUUAGUCAUUGCUCGAAAUGUAAGUGGAAAUAUAAAAUUUCUGGAUACCAUAUUGUCUGAGGCACUACCUGGUUUUUAAAUGUCUAGUAUUCAUUCAAAAGAAGCUAAAUUUCUCCUUCCAUUUGGCAUUUCAAGAAAAUUUAAAAUGAUCCCAAGUAAAAAUGAUUCCUAUUUUAUAGUGACCAUUUGCUUAAGUAAAAAUCCCAUUUUUUGUGCAUGAGAAGAUCUCUUGGGUAUGUGCAGGGGUCAUCUCACAUGCACUGUUUUUUCCUAUUUGGAUUUGCAAACCGGCUGACACUAUUCUCUUUAAUUAAAAAAAAAAAAAUUAUAUUGUUGAUAUGAUCAAGGUCUGACCACUAUAUAGAAAAGGAAGUUUUAAAAGACCAUACGCUGGCAUUGUGAAAAAACGCCGUGGUAGACUUUUUUGUAAAUUUAUUUUGUAUUUAACAAAAUGCAGUAUAAAGGCUGAUGAAGUGUAAUAUACUUGUGUAAACAAACAAAUCCUGUUAAUAGAGAGAUGUACAGAUUCAUUUUGUACUGUAUCUUGAAACUUGUGAAAUAAAAAUUCCACCUCUGGUUAUCCUGUAUGCUGUAAUAUACUGUGGCCAAACACCUUUCCAGUCAGACUUUUUUUAACCUAAAUGCUUCAGUUUUUUAAUGAACCUUUUUGGAAUAGCAAAAGCUUCUGGAAAAGCAUUUAUUUGGGGCAGUUUUAAUCCAUCUUUCAUUGGCUUUUAACUCCUAACAUUCAGACUCCUGUAAGUUGAAUAUUACCCUAGGAAGCACAUGAGUGUACUAAGAAAUAUUACCAUUUUUUAUGCCUGAAAUCUUUGACCUGAAGUAACCUCCAAUAUUUAUUAAGUAUAAUUCACAUUAGCCUGAUUAUUGUAUAACUUAUCUAAAGUUUAAUUUAUGUAUGCAUUGCCUUGUCCCAGAAGGUAUUUGAGGACUUAGGGAUGUAUACAGAAUAACAUGAUUAAAUAUAUGUAAAUAUACAUAAAAUAAAUAAGACUAUCUAAGAAAAAAUGAAAAAACAAUAUUAAACUAGGAAUGAAUGUUGUACACUCAGUGUGUGUUAGAAGUGGCUACAUAUUUGACCUGUAAAUGUCCUACCAGCCAACUCAAAGAGGGAAUUGAGAUAAAAUGUUCUAGCAUAGAAAUAUCAGGUCCUUGGAUUAAAAAGUCUGGAUGAUGCUGAUUGUGGCAAGUGGGAAGCUGCAUCUCAAAUUUUACUUCUUUGAGCACAGCCAAUCCAGACUCUGGCCUUGGGCUAAAAAUAAAAGUUGCGGGAAGUCAUAUGUCAGAGCUGUAACUUCAAGUUUGACCAUCCACGAAGAGCUGGGUGGGGUGCCUGAUGCCUAUUGACCACUCACCCUCUUCUGACAAGUCAUGAAAUGAGUCUCCAUCUGGAUUGGCGGUGACUUAAUGAGAAAAAGCAGCCUUUCUCCUUUAACUUCCCUUAGGAUACUAAUUUUGAUUGGUUAUAUUCACCUUGAAAUUUGCUUAAACUAAGUUAUAGUAUAUACGUGAAUAUAUGCGAGUGAAAAAUUAUAAGUAAUUUCUGUAGUAGAAGCUAUGAAAACACCGAAAAUGGAAAAUUUUUAAUUGGGGGGUAUUUUCUACAAAAAGGCAAGAAAAAAUAAAAUGAGCUUUGGAAUCCACAAAGUCAAAAGGAAGGUACUGCUUUGUCAUAGGCCUUAUUUCGUCUUGUCAUUUCUGCCACCUCUUAGCUGUCAGAUUGAACAUCCUUAUAACUGACUUCUGAAAAUUCCGCCAACAUUGUACCAGAAUGUAGUAUGACAUUUUGAGCAAAACCGUCCUUUUCUUAGAGUCCAAAUUCUUUUUGUCUGGAUUAAUUUCUUUUAAACAUGGCCUGCCUGGUGUUAAUGCUGAAUUGUAUAUUAAAUCUCACUUCUAGAAGCCCGACAGAAUUUCUUCUCACAUUAAGUUGAAUAAAAUGUGGUCAGUUAAAA